GCUUGGUCAUCUUAUUGGCCCCGCCAAGUAUCAUAGCUCAUGGAACUGAUAGUAAUAAAAUUCCUCCUCCACCUUCUGUAUAUGCCACAGACCAUUCGACUUUAGCCACUGGAAACAUAGGCCUUGGAUUCGGGCUUACUGCUCUUGCAGCAUUUUGCUCUGCCCUAGGUUCUUUCGCACCAUUAUUAGAUCUUAUAUUUCCAUAUUUUUCGUGGACUAAAGAUUUUCAAAUCACGCAGUCAAAAGGCUUUCUCGCUGGCUCGUUAUCAUUUGCUGCUGGAAUAUUAUUAUUUCUCACGUUAGGCGAUCUUUACCCUGAGGCGAUAUCAUCAUUCCAGAAUUCAAAACUUUUCGAUCCGAAAUAUGCUGACAUUGUGGCCGCUUCUAUAUUCAUU